AUGGAAAAGGCUCUCGAUGCGACCAACUUGCCACCUGGCACUUUUGUGAACACUUUCAGCCCGAACCCGAUUAUCUUUUUCAUGUUUCCAGGUGUACAAAUGGACGGUGGAGCGGAAACUCGCUCAAGGAGACUUUAGUUUCAUCUACGCGUGCAACGGGUCCAGCAACAUGUCCGCUCAGAAGCAGUUUGCGUUGAAGUGCGAGAGUGCGGAGAGUCCGUUGCAGAUGCUCAAGGUGGAGGCGUACGUGCUGCAAAAGAUCUCGAAACGCAACUCGCGCCACUUUUGCGACAUCGAAGACAUUGGCAAAUUCCAAGGGAUCCACUAUAUCGUGAUGCACAUGGUCGGCCGCGCACUCGUCGACUACGUGAAGACGUCGCUCAGCGGCAUGCUCACCGUCAACUGUGCUCUGAGCGUCGGCGUUCAGAUCGUGGAGGCGUUGGAGGAUCUGCACAACUGCGGAUUCAUCCAUCGGGAUCUGAAGCCCUCGAAUAUUUGUCUCGGCAGAAAGGAUCGCGGCGAGUCGGGCAAGGUCUACUUGCUCAGUUUCGGCAUCUCUAGAAAGUAUCUGGACUCCAAGGUUCAAUCGGAAACACCGCUAUUGACAAUCUGUAUUUGACCUUCAGAAACAAAUUCGAAAGGCUCGGGAGCAAGUGGAGUUCCGCGGGACCGUCCGUUACGCCUCUCUAGCGUGCCACCAGCUCCAGGAGCUCAGCAGAAAGGACGAUUUGGAGUCGGCGCUCUACGUGCUCGCCGAGUGUCUCACUGGCCAACUGCCCUGGAAGGGCCUGCCCGACGGCGCCGCGGUGGCAAAAGUCAAGCAGCAGAGCCGUCAGCCGCCGGCCGUCUUCCAGUUGUUCCGCGGAGCUUGCCCCAUCGACGAACUCCGUGAGCUCAUGGUCCUCAUCGAUUCGUACGAUUACAACGCGACGCCGGACUACGCCAACAUGUAUACGGUGGGUUGGGACGUGCGUCAGAGCAGCGCUUUUUGUCGUUCGAUUUGCGUCAAUCGUUCUGACUUUGUGCGCAUUCGUAUCUUUCUGAUUUCCUGUUUUUAUUUUCAGAUUCUUCGCCGUGCAAUCCGUCGCAACGCGCAGCCGGAGCAUCCGUACGAUUGGGAGCAAGGCGGCACGAACCCACUGUGCGACUUGUAACCGAACCGAAUAAAGAGAUGUUGUUCUUUCCCUUCUCGCUCUGACUUCUGCUACAUUUUUCUCGGCUUGUUCGGGAGCUACUGCUCCGGAGAGCUCUCCUUGGCAACCGAAGAAAGUGGGCGGAGCCUAUCGGAUUCUUGUUUCGGGAUCUCAUUCGAUACACUCUCUCGCUCUCUAGGCACACACCCACCUUUUCUGCCACCACCGCCCCGUUUUCCCAUUAUCCUUCUCCUCCUCCUCCUCCGCCGCCUUCGUUUUCUUUCUCUGCUUCAGAAGCCGGCGCAUUCAAUUCUGAUUGCUCUUUUUGAUUAGGUUCCGGGGCAAAGAAUAGGUCAUUUAUAGGAGUAUCCUGAAAGUUCUUUCAUCUGUGAUCGUCCCUGUUAGAUUCCCGAUUCGAACUCACUCCGGAGGACUGGAAUAACAAUAAUAAUAAGCGAGAGUCGGCUGAAAAUUUGCUGUUCUCCCAUUUUCAUCGUUGUCGUUGCGUCGCGAAAAGGACGGAUUUUCGAAAUGAGAACUUCACUUCUUCCCGGUUCUUUCGGUGUGAGAACCUUCCUGAGAGCCAACGUCAAUCCGUUGUCAGUUGAGUACAUUCGCAUGAUUUACUGAACUUUUUGUAUUCUCGUUAUUAUUAUGGUGAUUGCCUUCGGAAUCCGAAUAACUUUUCCUCAGUGACGUGUAGACAUUUUCAUGACUAAUUGGUUUGCGUGCUUCCACCUGCACGCCCCCGUGAUAUUCAUUUGCUGAUCCUGGUUUGCAGGAGGAGAAAGUUCAACGACAUGAACGGCAACUUCGGGCAGUACAUCAACAACUGCGACAACUUGGACGAGCAAAUCAGCGUCACCGACUUCAUCAAGACCCUCAAGAAGGUGGGCCCAACCGCUACCGUACUCUCAAUCGGUGGCACACUUCCAGGUGGAGUCUUGCGACACUCUCAACGGCCGUGAGAGCAGCUCGUCGAGCUCGUCCAUCGACAAACUGACCAAGCUGCCGGAGGACGGGCGCAAAGUCGACAAGAAGGCCAGCGCAAACGACUUGCUGCAGAACAUGCGCAAGCGUUUCGUGCACCGAGCCACCGAGCCCAUCUUCCACGCCUUGCCAGAGGCGCAGGUAAGCAGGUGUGUUCUCCCCCCAUCUCCCCGCAUGGCUUUGAUGUCGUUCGCAGCAGUGGUGACUACUGAAAGUGUUCGAUACAACAAAGCUCUUCCCCGAAAGUGUGGUCGCGAUAGAGCCGAGCAUUUCAGGAACGGAGAGUCGUCAGCGGGCGGGACGGCGUCUCCACUGACGUCUCACUCGGCGUCGGGCAGUCGCAAAUCGUCGAAGGAGGACGGUGCGGCGGCGGCGGCGGCGCCAGCGACGACUUUAUGA